AGGCAGGAUCCUUUGAAAUAUUAAUGAAUGGUCACUAAAAAUACGGAAGGAAGUAAGAGUGAUUGACAGACAAAUCCGAGAUAUCCAGAGGGAGGAGGAGAAAGUGAAGAGAUCGAUCAAGGAUGCAGCUAAGAAGGGACAAAAGGACGUGUGCAUCAUACUUGCUAAAGAGAUGAUUCAGUCAAAGAAGGCAGUCAACAAACUUUAUGCCUCCAAAGCCCAAAUGAACUCUGUGCUUCUGAGUAUGAAGAAUCAGUUGUCUGUGUUAAGAAUGGCUGGUGCAUUACAGAAGAGUACAGAGGUCAUGAAGGCCAUGCAGAACCUGGUAAAAAUCCCAGAGAUCCAGGCUACCAUGAGGGAACUCUCAAAGGAGAUGAUGAAGGCGGGUAUUAUAGAAGAGAUGCUGGAGGACACACUUGAGGGCAUGGAGGAUGAGGAAGAAAUGGAGGAAGCAGCAGAGGCAGAGGUUGAUAGGAUCCUGUAUGAGGUCACAGCUGGCGCUCUUGGAAAAGCUCCCAGCAAAGUCACAGACGCUCUUCCUGAGCCGGAGCCAGUCGGGGCUACCGCGGCCUCCGAAGAUGAAGAGGAAGACAUUGAGGAAAUGCAGUCCAGGCUAGCGGCACUGAGGAGCUAAACUGUUAUAGCUACCCCUUCUAAAUCUCUGUAGUCAUAAACAGAAAUCUCCUCUCAGUUACAAUGAAUUUAAUCUUCUAAUGUCUUGUUUCUUCCGUAUGUCCUUAUACGGACUGAAUUGGUAUCCACAGGCUGUAUAAUAGUUUGACAGAGAAAACAAGACCAAGAGAAGCACUAAUACAGCAAAAACUGUUUGCCUACAUAAUUAAACAGAAAGGGUUAAAUGAACAGCAAUUAUAAGCAGUUUGUUAUGGCUGCUGGGUAAUUUAAUUUUGUUCUCUUUUUUUUAUUAUUAAAAAAAAUUUAUUUAAACACGAUCUGUCAUUUCUGCUUUAAACAGUGAUUUAAGUUAGUCCAUGCUGUGUAUGCCUAUAGCUGUGUAACAUGAUGAAGGAUCUGUUGUACAGUGCAGUCAUCAUGCCGGUCUCUAUCCUUCUGUCUUUAUCUUCACUGUGCUUUCUCUAGCCUUAUUUGGUGUCUAAGCGAAUGCUUCUUCUCUGUGUAAUCAUUCAGUGGAAAUGCGGUUUUACUGAAUUUGAGAAACUCCUAACAGCCAUUAUGUGUAAGGUUUAUAUAAAUAUAUAGAUAUUGACUGUGUUUAUCUUAAUUUUAUAUUAAGUAAAGCCCCGCUAGAUUAUGUAAAUCGUUCUGUGAUCUGGCUGCUGGCCGGGCUGAUGAAAACCAUGCAUUGCUGUGACUUGUUAUGGUAACUGUAGCUUUUACACAGAGCCACUGCACCACAGCCAACAUUGUGAAAGGGGAAAAUAGGUGCUAAUGGCUUACGAAUUCAGAUCCACCUUUCCAAAUUUGCAUUGAGUUAUAUUACUGUUAUUAAGCGCACUCCAGAAGUCUGACAUUUUCAAAAUGUUCUAAACUACUUUGGUUUCAUGGGAAAACCGCUGUGCAUCCAAAAGAGUUCAUGAGACAAGUAAACACUAUUUGUAACUGUAUCUGUUUCCUUUUUUAUGUUGUUUUAUUCCGUCCAAAGAUACAGCAUGUAAUAAAUGUUAUAAACAAAUGUUUAAUGUUUGGAGAAAAAGCGCCUCCUAUAAGACAUACAUCAAAAUUCACUCUUAAUGAGAUUUAGUUUUGGCCCUGGUUCUGUUUGUUAAUGUGUGACCUGAGCCACUGUUUACAUAAAUCAUCGCUAACACUUUACUGUAUGUAUGUGUUAGAUCGCAAGCCACGGUUAUUUCAAUACACUAUCACUAAAAUGUUUUUGUGAUGUGACCUUGUGUAGCAGAGAUUGUUAGUUCUUCCUUUAAAAGACAUCAUCAAAGACAUGGGGCUUUUUCCUUACAUGCCAUACUGUGUGAUCCUGUAGGGCUCUCUUAUAAAUCUCUAUAUAAAAAUUGUCUACUUAUAGCAUGAGACUGCUAUCUCUUACAGCUAUAUAUUUGGGUUAUAUUCUGGCGUUAAAAGUUUUCUUUCCCUGUGCACUAAAAUGCGGUUAUGACACCCAUUCAUGAAGAUGCAUAUACAAAAACGUCAUAUAGCUGGCUGCAAAUAUUUUAUGCAAAUUCAGUUUCGUUCACCAAUUAGUUAUGCUUCAUGAUGAGUUCCUGAAAUUAUUACAAAAUCCUUACUGAAAGCUUCAUUUCAAUCUGUAAAUACCUGCCGAGUGCACAUAAAGAAAUGUGUUUUGUAAACACAGGGCUGUUUAAGAAUAAAAUUUUAUGAACAAUU